CUAACGUGUCCACCUCGCCCCCCACCCGUCCGUCCCCCACCUCCUCGCCCUCUCUGAUGAUCUUUUUUCCUUUCCACGCCCCUCGCAUUAUAUCGCCGUGCUAGAAGCCAGCCGCGAACCGGCGGUGCUGCUCCACUGCGUACGGAUCGAUCAUAUCGGGCCACCGUACCGCGGGGGGUUCUUGGUCAAGUGCGCCGCUGCUCGAUCGAGAUCGGCUGCAUGGCGUCCUCCGGCGACGUCAUCGAAGCGGUCCCGGAGGCUGUGGAGGUGGAGCAGCAGCCGGCCAAGGCAUGCGACAGUGGGAGCGGUUUGCCAGCGGCGGCGACCACGACGGAAGGGAGCCGGCCGAUGCUGCAGGAGGACCAGCAUCACGACGACGACACGGUGCCCGACGCCGAUCGCCACGAGGCGGUGGGGCCUCCCGAGCAGGCGGCCGCGGAGGUGCCGGCGCCGGAGGAGGAGCCAGCGGCUGAGCCGCAGCAGGAGCCGCCGGUGGCGGCGGAGGAGGAGGUGGAGCCCGAGGCGGCGGCAGCGGCGGCCGCGGAUGAUCAGGAGAUGAGCACGCGGGAGAGGCUGAAGCGGCACAGGCGGGAGAUGGCCGGGAGGGUGUGGGUGCCCGAGAUGUGGGGGCAGGAGAAGCUGCUCAAGGACUGGGUGGACUGCGCCGUCUUCGACCGCCCUCUGGUGCCGACGGGCCUGCUCACGGCCCGCCGGGCGCUCAUCGCCGAGUGCUGCACUACGCGCCGCCCGGACCGGACGUCGCCGGCCUCCUCCGCCGGAUCCAGCCCGCUGCGGGUGCCGAACGGCUGCUCCUGAUCGAGUGACGAUCCUCCUCCCUACCUUCCAUUAGCUAGCGUGGAUCAAUAACCUUCUCUUUUCUUUUCUUUUUAUUAGCUCAAUAAGAGAUCCUUCUUGUUUCUUGCGUUCUGAGAAGGUCUAGUCGUCUCUCGUUAUAAUUUCUGAUCACCAUGUAAAUUACAAAACAAAUUUGAUUAGCUUACCAACACCGCUAUAACUAUCUGUUUAAA